AUGCGUUCUCCCGGUUCCUGGCUUUGGGCCUCUCUUGUGGCCUCUGCGGCCCCGUCCCUCGCCAUUUAUGCCCCAUUGAACUUGGGCAAUGGCUUCAAGCUCACUGCCAAUGAGAAAGCCAAUCACCUAUCGAUUACUCAAGAUGGUCGCCCCAUCUGGGACACUGUACCAGGGAAGGGAUUCCUCAGUGCCAGCGCGGGAGAUGACGAGAUCAUCGCUGCCAACGGUAACUUCAAGAUCAAUGAAGUGGACCAGAAGAAGUGCACCGGCCAGCAAAUUAUCAAGGUUGAUCUGCGUCAAUGGCACGGCAGCGCCAAUGACCAUGCUGCGGUCAUUGAAGGUCACCUCACUGGCUGCGGUGAUGCCACUGCUUCUUUCACUGUUGCGUUCUGGGUGCCAUCUCAGUUCCCCAAUCGCAUCGCCUUCCGUGCCAAUGUUGACUCCGACUCGGAUGCCACGAAGUUGUACCUGACCUACCGUUCUUCCCCUGCCGAGGACUUCUACGGCCUUGGUGGUCAGGCUUCUUUCGCCUCAUUGAAGAACCAGACCGUCCCGAUCUUUUCCCGUGAACAGGGUGUCGGCCGUGGCGACCAGCCAACGACUGACCUUGAGUCCAAGGACAGCUUCUUUGCUGGUGGUGAUCGCUUUACCACUUACUCCGCUAUCCCUCAGUACAUCAGCUCCCUUGCACGCGUGUUCCACCUGACCCAGGAGAGCUCUGCUUACGCCACCUUCAACUUCACUGAUGCCCGUGCCGUCACUGUUAGAUACAGCGGCCUGGAUGUCGAUGGAUAUUUCAUGCAAGCGGAGAACAUGCUUCACGGUAUUACCAUGUUGACCGACUAUACUGGCCGUAUGCCCGAACUGCCCAAGUGGGUUGACACCGGCGCUGUUCUUGGUAUCCAGGGUGGUCAGUCAAAGGUCAACCGCAUUGUCGACCAAGGGCUCAACUUGACCACCCCUAUUGCUGCCGUCUGGCUUCAGGAUUGGUCUGGUACCCAUUCCCAGAGUGUUUCCUACAUGUCUCUCAACGUUUCCCGUCUCUGGUGGAACUGGGAGUCUGAUUCUAAACUCUACCCAACCUGGAAUGAGUUUGUGCAGAACCUGCGUGAUGACCACAACGUCCGCACUCUCUCAUACAUCAACCCUUUCUUGGCCAACGUCAGCUCCAAGCCUGAUGGAUUCAACUCCAACCUCUAUGAAGAGGCCACCAAGGGCGGAUACAUGAUCCAGAACUACACAACCAAUGAUACUUCUGUUAUCUCUAGUGGCCCUGGUCUCGAUGCCGGUAUUCUUGAUCUGACCAACCCUGCUGGUCGCUCCUGGUUCAAGAACGUCCUUCUGUCUCAAGUCUGGAACGCCAACAUCUCUGGUUUCAUGACCGACUUCGGCGAGUACACUCCCAUCUACCCCGACACUCGCUUUGCCAACAAGAGCAUCGACCCCUUGGUCUACCACAACACUUACCCCCGUGAGUGGGCUGCUCUUCACCACUGGAUCGGCAAGAGCGUUCCUAACUUCGCGGAUGCCAUCCUCUUCCACCGCUCAUGCGCCAUGGCCGCCAACCGCUACAUGAACCUCUACUGGGCUGGUGACCAGGACACCAACUGGGGCGUUAACGAUGGAAUCAAGUCUUCUGUUACUGUCAUGGGCCACAUGGGUCUGUCUGGCUACGCCCACGGUCACACCGAGAUCGGUGGAUACACCACUACCUGGAACAGCAACGGUGUUGUUAACCGCUCCGCCGAGCUGCUCGGUCGCUGGGGAGAACUCUCCGCUGUUGCCAGCACAGUCUUCCGUACUCACGAGGGUAACGUGCCCCAAGUCAACGCCCAGUUCUACUCCAACUCCUCGACCUACUCAUGGUUCAGCUACAAUGCACGCAUGUUCACCAGUCUUGCCGCUUACCGUCGCCGCAUUUUGGACACUGAAAGCAAGAAGCUCGGCUGGCCCUUGCUUCGCAUGCCCGUUAUCUACCACCCCAACGACGUGAAGGCCAAGGCAAUCAGCUACGAGAGCUUCUACCUUGGAGCCGAUCUUUACGUUGCACCGGUCCUAGACCCUGGUCACACAAGCGUCAAGGUGUACUUCCCCGGCAAGAAGCAGACCUUCACCCACGUCUGGUCUGGCAAGAAGUACCACGGUGGCCAGACCGCACGGGUAUCCGCACCCUACGGAAAGCCCGCUGUUUUCCUUGUCAACGAAACCAAGAACCCCGACUUGGCUGAAUUCCUGCAGUUCGUCCGUAAGGAGAACGGCACCGUCAUUCACCGGUAA